AUGAGCAAUCAGGCGCGAGCCUCACGCCAUGCUUCUGGUAUAUUACCUUCUAAACAGUUUUUUGCUCCAAGAAAGCCAAUAACGCAAAAUGCAUCACGAAGAAAGUCAACUACCCUUUCGGUCAUAGUUAAUUCUCCAAGCACACCCUCGCUACCCAUAUUUCAAACUGCGACAUCAGCAACAACACCUACUAAAGCUCCUUUCUCUGCACUAAGCUCUCCAGUUUUAAACAUCCAGCCAGAGGAAGAAGUCUCUCUUUUACAGCAACCUUUAAAUGCUCUUUCUAGCGUUACAACCACUAUUCCUUCAGAUCCAACAAAACCGACUCUUGACCAAUCACUUAAUGCUAUAUAUAGUUCCGGUGAAUCGCAGGGCAUUUCGGUUCGUACUUCAGCUAUUCGACCGCCGAAUGCUAUUCUUCGACAUCAGCAAAAUCAAGAUGAAAGUGAGGAUUUCUCAUAUUCUGCUAUUAAUUCGGUUCUAGAACCAAUAGCGCCUGCUGUAGUUUUAGAGCCAUCUUCAUAUAAACAGAUUCGGCACGGAGCUGGUUCUAAUCUUUUGUCUAGGGAUUUUGCAACUGCUACAUCUUUUUCGAGGCAUUCUGAUAGUGAUUCAUCAGGAACAUUAUCUACUCAAUUACAAAUGAUUCCGCAAAAGAAACUUACACAAACAAAACCCCCUGUCAAUACUUCUCCUUACGCAUCGAUUGCCAAAUCUAUGCCUCGAAUUAUUUAUAAUCCUGCUUCAAUAUCACAUGCAGAUAGUAAAGGACGUAAACGGCUUUAUCAAGUUUGGCCUGGAAGAAAUCGCUUUUUUUUGGGUGGAAGAAUAAUGACUAGUAGAGAUUUUCCUGCUUUCUUAGUUGCUUUUUCUGCACUUGUUGUACCAUCAGGCCUCUUUUUGGCAUUUACGUUGGGGCAGAUUAUUCCACGUAAUCUUGAUCCUUCUCCUCCAACAGAAGAUUUAGAUGAUCCCGAGAAUAAUGCUCAAAAUAAUCCAAAUAGCCCUUAUUAUCCAACGCGAAGCGUUCCCCUUCCAAAAGAAGUUAAUAUUAAUGGUCAAUCUGUUAGAUUAAAAUAUUGUGAGACAUGUAGGAUAUAUCGACCUCCAAGAUGUAGUCAUUGUAGACAGUGUGACAAUUGUGUUGAAAAUGAAGACCACCAUUGUAUAUGGUUAAAUAAUUGUAUUGGAAAACGAAAUUAUAGGACAUUUUUUACAUUUAUUGCUACAGCAACAAUAUUAUGUAUUUAUGUUUCAGGAUUCUCGUUAGUGCACUUAUUUCUGUUAAUGAAAGAAUAUGAUCUCAAUUUCAUUUCUGCGAUAAUGGCUGCGCCAAUCCGUAUCCCAUUGCCACGAAGAAAUGGCACUAGAAAUCCCUUUGAUUAUAGAAAUGUAAGCAGAAAUUGUAUGGGAGUGCUUUGUCGACCCUUAACAAAAAGCUCGGUAAGCCGGAGAGCUUAUGUCGUGGAAGAAAUUUUAAAUUUAGAACAAGGAGAAGGUGUUUUGAACGAUCAAAGAACGUCACAGCAAACAACCAUUAACAAUACAGAACAGAAUACAGAAUUGAACACAAAAGUGAACACAGAACUGAAUACAAACCUUAAUACUUACAAUACAGAACCUAACAUAACAGAAACUCAUGAACAAGUAUAA